AUGGCUAUUUGUCAUAUGUUUGAAGAAAUACGCUAUGAAUUAAAUGCUGUUGAAAUUGAUAGAUGUAAAAAUGUGGGUCUUACAAGUAUCAUGAAAAAUUAUAUAUCUUUGAGUCCUGGGCAACUCAAUUUAAUGGAGAAUGCUGGAUGGUUGAUCAGUAAUGACAGUAAAUUAACUAAUGACAAUGGAUAUUUCAACAUUUCUAUACCACUAAGUUACAUACUUGGAUUUGCUGAAGAUUAUAAUCGUAUUAUCAUGAAUGCUAAACAUGAAUUGAUUCUUAUAAGAUCAAAUUCUGAUGUUAAUACAUAUAUACAUACACCUGCUGCUGCUGGUGAUAACGCUGAAAUAGUGAAAGUUCUUCUCAAUAAGGUAGAAUGGAAUGUCCCAUUCGUCACAAUGACGGACAAGCAAAAAAUUCAAGCACUCAACUUUAUUGCUAAUGAUCCAGCUAUAUUAAUAAGCUUUCGCACAUGGCAAUUGUAUGAAUACCCACUACUCCCUCGAACAACGAAACAUGUUUGGCCAAUCAAGACUUCGAUACAAUUGGAAAAGCCACGAUAUGUGAUCCUAGGAUUUCAAACUGCUAGAAAAAAUAUUGCGACGAAAAACGCCAGUCAAUUCGAUCAUUGUAAUAUCAGAGAUGUAAAGCUAUUUCUCAAUUCUCAAAGUUAUCCAUAUGGAAAUUUAAAUCUAAACAUUAGUCGUAAUCAGUAUGCUUUAAUAUAUGAUAUGUAUACUAAUUUUCAAACGUCAUACUAUAAUAAAGAAUCGUAA